AUGGUCCAUAUCCUGGUGGUAGUCCCCUACUGCAUCGCGGCCACUGAUGAGGAUUUUGGUGCAGCCGGGUACUAUUCCAUUCUCAUUCAUGGCGCUGAUGACAAUCCCCCUCUUUCCUUUGUCUAUGGUGGCAGUCCGUGGGAAAAAUGCAGGAAACCGAUUCUGGAGCGAAGCGCGAUACACAAUGCAGCAGUUGCUGCUUCUGGCCUGUGCAAUAGCAUCGAUGUAGGUGGAUAUUCUGCUGACGAGGUCUGGACGUUCAAAUAUGUACCUCUGGCCGGAUUUCUUCUGUAUGCGAAUCCUAGCCCUUUCAGCAGGUAA